AACCAUUGCGAAGCAGGCGCGAAUAGUUGUUUACCUCGGAACAUUCAAGAAAUUACAACACACUUUGUACGUUUUGUGCAUAAUUUCGCCGCUCGAAUCUUUAAAACAUUAUCGUGCCUUUUUAUUGCAAAGAAAAAUGGACGUCUUGGCGACGUGCCGACUGUGCCUCGAACCGUACGCACCCGUAAAUGGCAGUUUCUGUCUGAGCAACGACUCCUUUCAAGCAGCGAUACAGCGUGUAUUCUCGUUCGAGCUUAAACCGGAACAAAGCCUGCCCGAAUAUGCCUGUGGCAUGUGCUCGAUCAAAGUAUGGGAGUUCUUCUCCUUCAGCAAGUUGGUAGAGGAGAACCAACAAAAACUGCUGUGUUUGGUACAGGCGAAUGCUGAAGAGUGCAACACCCUAACCGAGGACAAAAAGAACGUUAUCAUCAUUGUUGAUGACACCGAUAAUGUUGCGGCGGCGAAUAGCGCGCCCCCAAACGCUGCCAUUGAUGACGGGCCGCAGACCGAGGUCAGUGCUGGAGGUGCUGGCACGCCCAGGUUGCAAGAUGGCACAACAGUGGAGAGAGUGGCUUCGAAAACAGUUGGGACGAUUGAUGGCAUUGAGCUUGAUGAGCAUAUCCUGCAAGAGCUGGAAAAUGAAGACACCGAAAAUACUAGACCGCGUGACGUGAACAAGAACUUGGAAAAGCCUCGUAAAACCGCAAAAAUACUAUUACGAUCUAUUUUUAUGAAAAACAAACUCAAAUCUCUAUCUUGCGGUCGUUGUAAGCAAUCAUUUGCCCAAAAGAGUCAGCUAGCUGGCCACAGUUGCAGCUCGCCUCGCUCUAAAAUACGAUCCGUUGUGCAGGCGAACGGCGGCAUGGCGCAAAGUACCGGCGAUCGGAAGCAGUCUAACACGGAACCUCAUGAGCAAAGCGAUGCAGAAGACGCUUCGGACAAUGAUCUCCAGGUUCUCGCAUUAUGUAGAGCAAUGCUCGAUACUACUGACUCAAGCCUGAGAUCGAAUGAGGAAGAAGAAGCAUCCAAUCUGCCACCGACCGAUGGAGCGUCCUUCCCUUGCGAUCAAUGCGAACGUACCUUUCCUACCAAAAAGCAGCGUACCAAGCACCAGUACCAUCACAAAACGACAGAAUGUCCGAUCUGUGGGAAAGAGAUAAAGCGCAAGUACCUGAAAUCACACAUUGCCGCUCACGAGGACGCAUUUCGCUGUGAGAUUUGCAUGACCAGCUACUCAAGGAUACACGAACUGCGCCGGCAUAAGGCGGCGAAACAUUUUAUCCAUGACACGUUUGCGUGUGCGGAGUGUAACCGCAGCUUUCCGAAUGGGAAGAUGCUGAUCGCACACCGACAGAAGAUGCACCGAACAAAGUGCACGCUCUGCGAUCAAAUGAUAGGAGUCGCAAAGAUGAAGCAGCACAUUGCUUGGCACGAAGCGAUGGAACCCGAAGGGAGCAAAAAACGUCCGGAGACACAGGACGGUCGGUUCCGGUGUGACAAGUGCAAGCAAACGUUCACCUCCAAGAAAACGCUGAGAGGGCACCUCAAGAAGGCUAUACCUUGCCAGUGUCCCAUCUGCAAGAAAGUGUUAAAUCCCCGAAAGGCAAAACAACACCUAGAGGCCCACAACGGUCCGUACCAGUGUGAAAAGUGCGACAAAUCGUUCGUCAAUGAGCGAGGUUUAAGAAGGCACACCGCAAAGGCUUUACCGUGCAGGUGUCCCACCUGCAAGGAGGUGCUAAGCCCUGGCAAGGCCAAAAAGCAUCUGAAUGCACACAAAGAGUCGUUGCGGUGUGAACAGUGCGGUAAAACGUUUACCACCAAAUCGAACUGCAAGAGACACUGCGAGAAGAUUUGCAAGGGGAGAGAAGCCGGAGAUGCUACUCCAAGCGUGCCUCGGUUCCGGUGUAAGACGUGUGGCAAAUCGUUUGCAAAUGAGGUGCUUUUACAGAGUCACAGGGAUCGUAGUACACCUUGCAAGUGUCCCAUCUGCAAGGUAUUGCUAAGACCCAAGAGGGCAAUAGCCCAUCUGGCAUCACACAAACGUGCAUUCCGGUGUGACAAGUGUGGGAAAGCGUUCCACAACCGAUACAACUGGCAGCAGCAUGUUCAAAGAGAUGUGCCCUGCAAGUCUCAAUCCAAGGAUUACGCGUUGAAGGUUAAAGUUGAAGUGCAGGAAAUGUAACCUUUAUCAAUAUUGUACUAAAUUUUAAGUAUGUUUGUACAUGUUAAGAAACAUAAACUAGCCAAACUUUUUACAGAAA